UUUGCUGCUGUCGGUUGUGUCCGCGCUCCGGUGACUGAACAUCCCGAACAUCCUGAACUGAAACGGGGGCCUCGACUUCUCGGAGCUCCGUGCUGCUCGGCACACACCUGUGCGCUUUCUCCCUCCACUGGCGAGUAACGCAACUUGGCAACCGAUUGGCAAUAAUAGUGGUCAUCAGAAGGAGUCCAACGAAAUAGCAAACGUCCUGCAGCAUGUCCUUGCCGUCGAGAGUGCUUUCUUCUGUGUGGCUCUAGAUCAACAUUUGGCUCUGGCAACUAAGAGGCUUUAGGCAAACAACACUUGUGCUCCCAACAUGACGCUCCUGCAGAGACUGCAGGCCAUGUCGGCCACCACAACCAGGACGAUGCUCGAGGGCGGGCUCAGCAUCGCCGGCGGGACGAGGCAGCCGCCCGCAGGACAGCUUCCCGUGCUGGAGGAGUCCGCCUCGCACGCUCGCUACCUGAAGUUCAUUGCCGACGGACUCAUCGACGAGGGAUUGGGCAGCGCGGUGGGCAGCGGGAGCAGCAUCGCCGUCUCCGUGGAGGACGUGAUGGCUGGACAGGCGCAGGACAUCCCGGCGGACGCGGAAGGAGCCACCGACGACGCCGACGGCAGCAGCCACCUGGCGUUAGUCUUCGUCAAGUGUUUCAUUAUUGGUUUCAUCAUCCUGGCCGCCAUCCUGGGCAACAUGCUGGUGAUUGUGUCCGUCAUGCGCCACCGGAAAUUGCGCAUCAUUACCAACUACUUUGUGGUCUCGCUGGCCGUCGCCGACAUGCUGGUCGCCCUCUGCGCGAUGACAUUCAAUGCCUCCGUGAUGAUCUCCGGCAAGUGGAUGUUCGGCUCCGUGAUGUGCGACAUGUGGAACAGCUUCGACGUCUACUUCUCCACCGCGAGCAUCAUGCACCUCUGCUGCAUCUCCGUCGACAGAUACUACGCCAUCGUCCAGCCGCUGGACUACCCACUGAUCAUGACGCAGCGGCGCGUGUUCAUCAUGCUCCUGAUGGUCUGGCUCUCGCCGGCCCUCCUCUCCUUCCUGCCCAUCUGCUCGGGCUGGUACACAACGAGCGAGAACUACAAGUAUCUCAAGUCGAAUCCGCAUAUCUGCGAGUUCAAAGUGAACAAGGCCUACGCCAUCGUGAGCUCCUCGAUGAGCUUCUGGAUCCCGGGCAUCGUGAUGCUCUCGAUGUACUACCGCAUUUACCAGGAGGCCGACCGGCAGGAGCGACUCGUCUACAGAUCCAAGGUGGCCGCCCUGCUGCUCGAGAAGCAUCUGCAGAUUAGCCAAAUUCCCAAGCCGCGCCCCAGCAUCCAGGUGGAGCAGUCGACCAUCUCGACGAUGCGGCGGGAGCGGAAGGCCGCCCGCACCCUGGGCAUCAUCAUGAGCGCCUUCCUCAUCUGCUGGCUGCCGUUCUUCCUCUGGUACAUCGUGUCCUCGCUGUGCGAUAGCUGCAUCACUCCGCGCCUCCUCGUCGGCAUCCUGUUCUGGAUCGGCUACUUCAACUCGGCCCUGAACCCCAUUAUUUAUGCGUACUUCAACCGCGACUUCAGGGCCGCCUUCAAGAAGACCCUCAAGAGCCUCUUCCCCUACGCCUUCUACUUCUGCCGCCGCGGGAGGGGAAGGGACAACGACCUCGAUCUGGAGUUCGGUGGCCCCAGCCGGCGGGGCACCAACGGCAACCGGGCCGGAUCCGGGUCCGCCGAGCUGCCCAACUGCGUCAACUCCACGGCCUCCUCCGAGAUCCACAUGAGCGUGAUGCGGGCUCGCCAGUACGCCGUCAACGUGACGCCCACCACGGAUGCCCAGAUGCAGCAGCUCCACCCGCUGUACUCCAACUAGAUCUUGGCUGCUCCAGCUGCUCCAGAAUCCAGAGUCCAGAACCCAAAUCACUCGACAGCUCGAAACACUCCUCGAGGGGGGAGGAAAAAGAAUUUAACCACAAAUAAUAAAUAGCUACCGCAACAAUACGACAAUCCCACAGAUAAAAGAGAGCCUUCGAGAACAGCAAAUUGACGUGCAAAUGAAUUGAAAUACAAAUAGACAUACUCGUACAUAUUUACGCGUCACGGAGUCAGGAAUUUCAUAAAGAAGUGUUUAUAAAUGCGCAUGCAAGUAGAUAUAUGAAUUGAAUGUUUGAUAUACGUAUAUAAAACGCUAGAUGUUUAUUGAUUGGAAUAAUACUCAACAAAAAUAAGUAAUCGCUACAGUUACACUGCGAGAAACAGUGUGGGUUGCAAUCCUGGUUGAGCAGUUCCUUCGUACGAGCUUGUUUUUUGAUUUUGAUAGAAUGAUUUGAACAUUUUGUAAAUAGUCGAAGGAAAUGCGCAACCAGGCUUGAACUCUAUUUUGUAGCAGAGUGUUCAUAUUGGUUUAAUAACUUAAUUUUGAAUUGCAAUGACACAGGUCAUUCGGAUCGUUCAAUACAUUAAAAUUGUCUAGUUCAUUAAACUUAAAUCAAAGUAUAUAUAUAUCAUAAUACAUAACCGAAUAGAUUCAUUCGUAUUUGUAGAGCCUAAAGCACGACUAACAUAUCCAUUGGGUCUACUACUUAGACCUCAACUUAGCCGUCAACUUCGAUGUUUCCCGACUCAAAGUCCCACACUGUUGUUGUAGUCGAAUUAGCGCCAGAUAAACACAUUAUAUACGAACUAUAUACCUGUAGCUAUGUACCUCCACCUGCAAGUAGAUGCAACUGACAUUCGCAGAACUGUUUUGUAAUCUUUCGGGCCACCGUGACUAAUUCCUAGCGCUAUUCUCUUGCCUGGACAAUCCGAACGACUUUCGCUUUCGUUUCGAACUUAGUUGAGUAGCAGAUAAAUAGGAGGAGUUAUCAGCAACUGCCACGCCCCCUCGCCGAAUUUGUCACCGCCACAGCCAUUGCGCCCAUAAAUCAAAGGUGCUCCAGCGGAAAGCUGGCUAAAACUGUUUGCCCAAAGUAUCAGAACGCUGCAAAAAGUGUACGAGUGUAGGACGAGUAUACGACAUGCAUAAACGCCGACUUUUCCUACGAUUCACAGUCAUUAUUUAAAGCGCCGGCUUAAGGGCUCACCGCCGUCGACAAAUGAGCAUCUGCCUUCUCUGUCGGCGGGACUCGGCCCGCUUUUCUGUCAAUAUUUGCUUUAUUUAACUCUCGACGCUCUGUUUAAACUGCGGAACGCCCACGGAAAGUUGGCAGUCGGCGGCGAUGAUAACAUUUGAAAUGUAGCCAAAUAUUGUUAACUAAAUUAACGUCGAACGAUUCAGAGUUAAAGUACAAAGCGCGAAUGCUCUCUAAAUACUUAUCCUCGACUAAAAUAACCUGAACACAUUUAUUUUCGGCUACAAAAGUCAUUUCUUUGUUGCCACAAGUGUUUCCAGGUGCAAUGCACCUCCCUAGAAUGUGCAAAAGGAAACAAGCUUGGCAAAAACAAAUUAUACUGUCACUUACAAAAGACAUAAAUUAAGUAGCAAAACGAUAAGCUUAAGCCACUUUAGUUGGUUAAAAUGCUCGCAUAUAUUACUUUCAAAGCAGCUGUGCUUUAAACUGAAUGAACUGGAAAUGUACUUCCUCGUUUAAGCACCUCCUAUACCCACAAGUUAGGGUAUUUAUUUUCGGAACAGUGUGGCACGUGUCCGUAAACCACCUGGAUAACAGCAGAAAAAAACAGGCGUAAUUAACAAAAAUACGAUUUAGUUUAACCGCAAAUUGGCAUGUCAACUGAUGGGAGCAUGUGACUUUCGGUUGGCAAAAAAACUAAACUAAAAAGUUCAUGCAAACGUCGAAAGAGUAAAUAAUUAAAUUAUGGCAAUUAGGUAGAGCUCGCGACGAUUACAGUCGCUUGUAAAAGUAUGCUGCCGAGUCACUCCCUGAUGCAAUCUAGACAAAUCCCCGGAUGGCGAUGACUUGAGCAACUAUUUCUGCCAGCGCCUGUAUUAUAAUCUUAUACGACUGAUUCAUUUUCGUUUCCUACUUUUUUGACAGUGGAUGUUGCCAGUUGGAAUACAGAGUACCUUGAAUAAAACCAUUAUUACAAAUAUAUACUCGUAAAGCUGAAAAGGGCUCAAGUUCAAAUUCAUCGUUCAGAUGCACUCAAAUCGAAGCCAAACCAAAACAAAUUAAAUGUCCAACAGAAACGCUGAGCUGAAGCUUAUUUUGUAACAAACUGAGUGUCUAAUCAUAAAGGUAGUCGAAUAAUUGUUAAAUAUUGUAUGUAUUAUGCAUGUGAAUAGUUGAAAUCAGUGCAAUGUAAAGCGAGCAAAUAAAAGAGAGUUUUAACAGCAGACCACAUCAAGGCAAUUAAGAAUUAAUGCGAAAUUCAUAUAUUCAUACGUAACUCGGCCACACGCCAUUAAAUAUGAAAUGCAAACAGAAGUGACAACAGCGGAGAAUGUUAAUUAAAUUGUGGAAAAUAUUUACAAGUCAACAAAUCAUGAAAUCGAGAAAAACAAACAGCUAGCACGGUCCUGUGGUCGAUUGUCGGUCAAUUUCGGAAACGUACUCAGAUACUCGUACUCGUCGAACUUCCGCGUUUCACGAGCAAAAAGUUAGGCGAAACCCUCGACUUAAGUAAAUGUUAACAUGUGCGUUUUUCAGUGGACACUAUAUUAAAUUAUACAUAUAUAUUUAUUAUACAGAGGGAUAUGUUUACGGUGUAUGCAUGUAUUGUAUAUAGUACGCGAUACAUAUAAAUUAAUGAAAUGAAGCAAUUACAAUCGUAUGGAAUAAAAGUAAAGGUAAUAAUAAAAAGGUUCAAAACAUCA